AUGGAGGGGCAGAGCGGCCGCUGCAAGAUCGUGGUGGUGGGGGACGCGGAGUGCGGCAAGACGGCGCUGCUGCAGGUGUUCGCCAAGGACGCCUACCCCGGGAGUUAUGUCCCCACCGUGUUUGAGAACUACACCGCGAGCUUUGAGAUCGACAAGCGCCGCAUUGAGCUCAACAUGUGGGACACUUCAGGUUCCUCUUACUAUGAUAACGUCCGGCCUCUGGCCUAUCCUGAUUCGGAUGCUGUGCUCAUCUGCUUCGACAUUAGCCGACCAGAAACACUGGACAGUGUCCUCAAGAAGUGGCAAGGGGAGACUCAGGAGUUUUGCCCCAAUGCCAAGGUUGUGCUGGUUGGCUGUAAACUAGACAUGCGGACCGACCUGGCCACACUGAGGGAGCUGUCCAAGCAGAGGCUUAUCCCUGUUACACAUGAACAGGGCACUGUGCUGGCCAAGCAGGUGGGGGCCGUGUCCUACGUGGAGUGCUCCUCCCGGUCCUCUGAGCGCAGCGUCAGAGAUGUCUUCCACGUGGCCACAGUGGCCUCCCUCGGCCGGGGCCAUAGGCAGCUGCGCCGUACUGACUCACGCCGGGGACUUCAGCGAUCUACUCAGCUGGCAGGACGGCCGGACCGGGGGAACGGGAAUGGGACUGGAAACGAGGGCGAGAUACACAAGGAUAGAGCCAAGAGCUGCAACCUCAUGUGAAGGGCCCCGUGGGCAGACUGUGAGGAGGGGAGGUGUAGGCACAGUUGUCCCCCUGCUGGCCCCCAGCCUCCUGACCUCCUGACUCUGGCUGGGACUUUAGGGCGGGCGAGUGAGCAGUUCUCCUGGGCAGGGAAGCUGGAGGCAGUAGGGUACCCCCAUUCCCCACAUCCUCAUUCAGCUCCUCUCCAAGGCAAGUUGAGGGAACUAGCAGAGCAGGCAUCUGGGCUGGGAGCUGGGAUGGGGCCAGGGGGUUGGGGAAGCUGGCAUCAAGCAGUGACCUUGGUUGAGUCUCAAUAUAUGAAGGGUGCCUUCCCUCCCCACCUUCAGUUCCCAUAUCCUGGUCCUGGCUUCCUUCCCCAAGGAAAGUUUCCAUUCUCUGACCUUCCCUCUUCCUCUCCUCUCACUUCUACAGCUGUUCUCACUCAUCCUAACCUCCAGGCAACAUGCACUAAAUUAAAAAGCAAGUUGAGAAGCCUCUCCCCCGAUUUACCCACCAGUCUUAGCUCCCUCCCUCCCUUCCCCCAAGAGUCCCCAAAUAAAGCCCAUGUCCAUGGAAAACGACUGUGGCUUUAGUUUUGUUGCUUUCUAAAAACCAAUCUACCAGUCUCUAGCAGCAGGAGGGAACGUUAGACUUCAGUAAGAACUUCCCUGUCGAUGCCCACAGAUGGAGCAGAGGAAAAAGCUAUGGGUUGGAUCAGCAGUGUCCUUUUAGGAGCCAGAGGUGGGAGAGAGAGAGAUCUUGGGAAUAUUCAUGUCAGUUAAUGAGCCAGACAAUCCUAAAGCCGUUAGGGGGUUUUAAAGUGGACUGAUGUGCAAUUCAUUAUUCAGCCCAACUGGGGCCCCCUGCUAAUGUGGGAAGGGUCCUGCUGAAGUGGUCCAGGCCCCUUGCUCACCAUGUCCAGCCCCAACUUGGAAUCUGCCGGUGCCCUGGGAGCUGUAGGUGUAGGGAGGGCAUCAAAAGCCUCCACAUCAGCGUGACCCUUUACAGAGUGGUUUCCCAAGGGAACAGUAGUUUGAUUCUGGGGUCUCCUUGGAGGCUGGGGCAGGGGCUCUCUCCCUCUUUCCAUCCUGAGCGCCUUGAUGAUUUUGGAGGGAGCACAAGAUGUGAGUUGAGGGUCACACCUCCCCAACCCCCUACAGAAGGAAAGACGGUGGAGAGGCCAGCCAGAGCACUUGUUGUCAGGAAAGACAGUGCUGGUCUGUUUUCUCCGGAGUCUGGUUUCACAUUGUCCUGUAUUCCCUCCCUGGCUCUGAUCCCACUGGCCUCUUUUCGGUGACAUUCUCCCCCAGGAACCAUCCAUGGCUCUCCCCUCCCCCAGCCCCAGCCAGUUCUUCAGACACACUCUGGGAGAGAGCACAGACCUUACCCUCCCAUCUGCUGGGAUCCCCACCUAAUUCACAGCCCAUCUUUCCCUCAUUCAUUCAGCAAAUGUGUACUGAGCACCAACUGUGUGCCAGACACUGGCUUGGGAUUCUGAAAGGACCAGUCUCUGUGCUCUGGAGGCCAGCCCGGUGGGGAAGAGAGGUACCCCAGGUGUGAUGGUUCCUUGGUUGUGGAAGCUCCUUACAGCCUCAGAAGCCCAUCCUCUGAGCCAGGUCCUUGAGGGUUGAAGAGGAGUUUGCCAGGCAGGGACGGGGUAGGAAAGGCACUCUGAGCAGAGGGUAGAGCAUGUGCAAACACGUGGAGAUGAGGAAGAGCAUGGCACGACUGGGGCUGCCAUGGCAGGGAGGGCGGAAGACAAGGCUAGGAAGGUACAGGGAGGCCGCUGCAGGGCCCACAAAGGAACCAGGGCUUCAUUCUGAGGAUGUGAGGCAGCAUGAGGGAUUUCAAGCAGAGAAUGAAGGGACCAGAUUUGGUUUUUGGAUAGAUGGUUAUCUGG